ACCAUCCGCAACGGCGGUCCAAGAGGGGUCCGUAGCCCAAAUCCUUAGCCCAAAAGGAAUAUAAUAUUGAUAAUUGGGUUAAGAUUUUGACGGAUCAAUCCGUAAAUAAGGGCUUGAAGGACCAAGUCCUUGUGUCACGUGGCGUCUGAUGGUUGGCUCGGUGAGCUAUUGGGUUCGGGGUUGUGGAAAAAAAAUUCAUUCACGACCGAAGGCGAAAAAAAAAAAGCAGAGCUCCAGACGAAAAGGCGAUUUGUCUCCGUCGUCGACCGUAUUCUUCCGUGAUCUUCAAAGGCCAACAAACUAUGGGACAAGACUAUAGCUACACUCAGCCUUCUUCAUCUGACGAGUUUGACAUGACCUGUUUACUUCAAGCAGAAGCUGAUCUCUACGCGGAUGAAGGUGAGAGUAGCUACACACCGGAACCUGAAGCUGAUGAAGGAAUCCCCAGGACAUGUUAUUGCGGUAAUGAGCCUGUUGUUGCAACGUCUUACACUCCUAAAAAUCCAGGAAGGAGGUACUUCUCCUGCGACAAUGUUGACGAUGGAGACUGCCACAUCUGGAAAUGGUGGGAUGUGGCGAUUCAAGAAGAGCUUGGUGAAAUGCAAAGACAAGUUAGGAUGCUCAAAGAUCAAUUCUUUGAGAGUGACCAGAAGGUGGCUAAGCUUGAGAAGAUCGUCGGUGCAUUAACGAAGAAGAAAUCAAUGGUUAAAUAUGGGUUUGCAAAGGGAGUUUGUCUACUGGUCUUGGUAAUCUUGGUCAUCGUAAUGGGCUGGAAGAGCUUCGGAGGAUUUAAACAACAAUGUCGGAACUCGAGAUGGGCUUCACAGCCUAGUCUCGAGUCUCCUGUCCAGCCUACAGUCGAGUCUCCUGUCCAGCCUACAGUCGAGUCUGCUGGCAAAGAGCGGAGGCCAUGGUCUCUGCUUGAGGAUAAAAUCCUCAUUGGGGCGUGGCUUAACACCAGCAAAGACCCUGUAGUCAGCUGUGACCAGAAAGCGGAACGUUUCUGGAAGAGAAUCGUUGACUACUACAACGCAAGCCCUCAACUGGUUGGGUCAGUACCUAGAGAGAUUCGUCCAGCCAAGCAGAGGUGGGCUAGGAUUAACGAGCAAGUCUGUAAGUUCGUAGGAUGCUAUGAUGCGGCAUUGAGGGGGCAGAGAAGUGGUCAGAAUGAUGAUGAUGUGAUGAAAGCUGCACUAGACUCAUUCUUCAACAUUUACCAGCGCAAGUUCGGCCUCGAACAUGCGUGGAGGGAGCUGAGGCAUGACCAGAAAUGGUGCACGGCGUAUAUGGUUAAAGACGGUGGAAAGGAGAAGCGCAAACAAGUGGUUGACCUUGAUACAGAAGAUGAAGUACCCGAACAUGAAGCAAGACCAGUUGGUGUGAAAGCUGCUAAAGCUGCUGGUAAGAGAAAGAAGAGUGGCAAACAAGAAGAGAUGUCACAGUUAGAGGCCAUCAUGGAAAUGAAAGGAAAACUCUCCAAACAAAAAAUUAUUGAACGUUUACUUGCCAAAAAAGAUCCACUAUCUGAGGUGGAAGAAUCUCUAAAAUUGAAACUGAUGUCUGAGAUGUUAUGAGGCUAUUAAGGUUCAGCAGUAGGACAUGUGACCAGAGUCACGGGUGGUGCAGUAGGACAUGUGACCGGAGUCACGGGUGUAUUU